AUGGCACCUGAUGAUGUCAACGAAGAAAACAUUUUGAGAGUUUGGCAGAAUCUCUACACCAAGGGUUUUGGCAAAGAAACUCGACCUAUAUAUAAAGUUGGACAACACGUGAGAAUCGCCAGAAGCAAAUAUCAUUUUGAGAAGGGCUAUGAGAGCAAUUUUAGUCAAGAAGUGUUUAAAAUUAUUAAAGUUAUAAAGAGACGUCCGCCUGUGUACAGAAUUGUGGAUUUAAACGGUGAGGAUAUAGAAGGAACUUUUUAUGAAGAAGAACUGCAAGCUGUUACGAUAGACGAAGAUACAGUAUAUAAAAUUGAGGAAGUUUUGGAAGAAAAAGGAAGAGGAAAAAACAAAAAGUAUUUAGUGAAGUGGAAAGGAUAUAGUGACAAAUUCAAUUCGUGGGUAACCGCAUCAGAACUGAAAAAUAUAUAA